AGCACCCCCACAACUCCAUAAUGAGCCGAGUCUUUGGAGCAGAUCAGAAUUAUAGAAAUGAAGUAAAGCAAGCAGCCAGAGCCAGCCUGCUAAAAGAACAAGAACAAGAACAAAAAUAUUUCCCUGACACAGUUGCCAUGGAAACCAACCAAGCAUUCAGUGGGACAACAGAGCUGGAUGAACACCCAGAUCCUGUAGAUGCUGGAAGCCCAGGAGGUAAUUGCAUACUGGAGGAAAGCCAACAAGAUCAUUUCCACACUGAGCUGCACAAAGGAGAAAAGAAAAACUUGGAUGUUAACAAAGAUGCCCUGAACAAAGCUUCUGACACUGUGGUGCACACACCCGAAGGCCUUGAGCGUACAACUAAAGAACUGACAGAAGUGACCCUGGAAGAAGCGGCUUUUUAUGCAGAGUUGGAUUUAGAUGAGGUUCAGGAAAAUUAUUCUAUAUCUUCUUCAGAGUCAGCUAGUAUCUCCAGUGCUGAAAGCAUUUAUGAAACUCAUCCUGCAUCAGAAGCUCCACCAUUAAAUAUUCAGGUUCCUGAAACCUGCCAACCUGUGGAAGACCGUGAUUGUCUAAUAACUGCGAUCCACGUUGUGACUGAAGAAUCCAAAAUGAGAUGUGACACUGAAGAGCAGCAACCAUCAAAUACAUCCAAGAGGGAUGCGUCAAAGACUAAUUUAUGUGAAGGUGUGCAAAGAGAAAAAAUGGCUUUUCAAGUGGGAGUAACACCAAACAUUACAUUUCCAUUGAAAAAUGAAAAUGUGUUAGACUCUCACAAGAACAUAAUUAAAGCUCAUCAACAUAAGGAAGGCUUCACUGAAAGUGAUACCAAAAAUGACCGGAGAGAUGUAGGGCAAGCACAUCACAACCCCCAUGGUCCAUUUCAUGAUAAAAAUGAAAAUGCCCUCCAUGUUCUACAAGUGCAAAAGUCCCAUCAAGAUUUUCUAGUAGGGGAGCAAAUCAAUGCAAGAGAAGAAUUUUCUAAAGUGUUGGAUGAUCACCACCCCACACUAUCAAAAACGAUGCGGAACCCUUGCAAGAAGAUCCCCAAAGAUUACUGUGUCAUAGAAGAGUCCACAAAUGCAAAUGUUGACACUAAACAUGUUGACUUUCAAUUUGCACGAAAACAGUGGCUCUUGAUGGAGCAGCUCACAAAAUCCCAGAGUGGCAACCGUGCCAGUAUUACACCCCAGAAAGGUCCAAACCCAAAAGCCUUUGCAGCAAAACACCAGGCUUGCAAAUCACAAGUGGAGGAACUUAGAAGGGACUGCAAAACUGCGGCUAUAGAGACAUCCAUUGAGCAUGUAAGCUUAAACGACCAGCGCCAUAUCCACUUCAGUCCUUAUUCAACAGAUUGUUUGUGCUGCAGAUCUCAAAAUAAUGAAUCUGACUCAUCCCCAGCUGACCUUACAAAUCUACGGCUAAACUGUGUUCAUAGCACUGGAAGAUUAUAUAGCAGUUUGACAUUCAGCAGAGGGGCAGUGUCGCCAACAUCUUGCAGAGAAACUCCCAUUAAUAAAGAAAUGCGUGAAGCCUUAGAGCAAGAAGAGAUCUUGAGACAUGAAAGGGCCAUCUUGAAAUCCACACCAAUGAGUGACUAUGCAGAAUUUAAAGCAAAACAUUCAAGUUUUCCUCAGGGAUGUGGCAAUGUAAGAGGAACCCAUAAGAUGGUCCCUCAUCAUCCAGUGAUGCUUCCCAAUACGGAAGAGGAGCUUACACUUAAAGCACGAGCUGUGAUCAAGUGUGAACGAGUAAAGGUCCAGGAAACUGGGGAGAUAAAGGAAACUGCCAGACUACAAAACCAAAACUGUAAUUUGCAAGAGAUCAGCACUGUGUCAGCAGAAAAGGCUGACACCAUUCCAAAAACUCCUUUCUAUCACGAGAUCUCUGCAGAUAAUGUUAUUAUUUUGGAACAGGAUACCUUUCUCAAAUCUCCAAGGAACAGCAUGAAGGACCUAAUAGUUCCCCAAAAGUGUGAAAAACAAAGGGAGUGGCCUCCGGAGACAGCUAAUGUUAUCAUCUUGGAAACAUCUAAUUUGAUUAUACGCAGCGCAUCUGAGUUUUCUAUCAACUCUUUAUCCCAGGAAAGCUGCAGCAGUACCUUCCAGAGUAAUCCAUUCUUCAAACUCAAAUCCAGAAGUUCGCUGUCUUUAGUUGACCAAGAGAUUAAAAUAGCCAAACAAAGAGAGGAGGAACUUCAGAGGCAACGGGCCAGUCUCUAUGCUCAAGACACGUCAUCAUACAGCACCAUUUUAGUGUCUCCUAACACACUGGAUAUCGUGUCUCUGGAUAAAACGGAAAUUCCAAUAAGAUGUAAAUCAUCUCCUUCUUCUCCAAUGAAAUCUGCUUAUAAGACAGUGGAGCAGUCAAAGGUUCUGGAUAUGUCACAGUGGAGUUCAGCAGCAUCUCGCUGGGAGCCUGGGAUGUUUUCUAACCACAGAAACAAAUGUCUAAAUGCAGAAUGCCAUGGAACAAAAUAGAAUUUGUUGAGAAAAAUGCAGCUUUUAAGAAAAGAGUGAGAUUAUUAAUUUGCUUUAAAAUUUUCCUUUGUGUAGGAGGUUCUAAAGUGUAAGGUUUAAUUUUAGUUAACUUUUUUAACCUCCAUAGUGUUGUUUUUUUUUUUCUCAAAAAAAUGUAAAAAGUGUUGCAUUUUUUUUGGCUUGAAAAAUUAUUUUUUACUAAAUCUCAUCUUUCUCCUGUAAAACAUGCAAAACACUAAUAGUAUAAUAAUGAUAUAAAUAAUGAUAUGAAAUGAAUAAUAAUGAUGAUGCUAAUACUGUAUAUACGGUCAAAAUGUCUUUUGUGUGGUAUAUUUUUGAACGGGGGAAAUGCUUAGGUGUACAGUCAUUUAUUUACCCAACACUGUUCAGGAUGAUGGUUUGUCUCAACAAUUCUUUGAUUCACAUCAUCAAGAAAUAACUUCAAAUAAGUAAGUGGAGCUUGGCUAUCAACGUUCACUUUUAUUCUGGCUGCCUCACAAAAUCAAAAUGACUUGGUGCCGGUUUAUUUGAAGCAGGGUCAACAGAAACUCAAACGUGAGCGUCACUUUCAUUAUGAGGCUAACAGAACACGCGUCUCCACCGUUGGCUCGGGUAGCGCUUGGGCCCGACGCUUACGUAAGACACGCCUAUCCUGUUUCCUGAGUAACACUUGGGACUAACACUGUUUGCACUUUUACAGCCUGAGUAAUCCUCAGGUCUAACGCUUAUGCGAGAUGCACCUAUACAGUUGCACGUAUGACACUCGGGACUAACACUUUUAACACUGUUUUCAAAAGCCUGUGUGAUGCUCAGGACUAAUGCUAAGGAGGUUAAAGUGGUGAGACUUUAUUCAGUCACUGGAAAAGUACUUUACAAAAUAGAAUUUUAGUGCCACUUAAUGUAUACAUUUUAAUCCUUAAAGAAUUUUUGGUGGAUUUUGUUAAGUUUAUUAGAACCUGAUCAUUUUAAAAAAGCUCUAGCAUAACCUAGAAGUAAUGUUUGGUUUAUUUUGUAUAUUUACUCUCUUUUCAUUUAUUCUUCAAACAUGUUGCAUGCAGUAGAAAAGUACAACGAAUUGGAUUGCCUUGGACUUUAUGUUAAAGCCUGAUUUUGUUUCUUGUUAUUUUAUUUGAAUGCUCUUUGAAACAUUGAAGACGUCCUCUUGUUUGGAUUUCCCUUAUGCUUGCAAUUAACUGUUUAACAUAAUUUCUUUUUCAUAGUGUGCAUGACUAAAAGUUUGUAAGGCACUUGGAAAUAAAAAUGGGCCACAAUCUUAAGUUGUUUACUACAAUAAUUGCUUUAGCAAUGCUGAGAGUUUUCACAAAGGAGACAAAUUCCACUAACCACUUUCACAUAAAGCGCUGGGAUGAUGGAGAAAUUAUCUGGAGUUUAUCUUUGCAAAAAUAUGCCAAUGGAAGACCCGUCCAGUGGGAUGCCAGUCCAUUGUAAAUUCAGAGAAUACAGCUGACCCAACUGUGUGUUAUUAGACUGUUAGAUACUGGAACCCUGACUGGAAACUCCUUGCCCUCAUGUCAACAUCAGUUUUCUCAAGGUUGUCCAUAUCCUUAAAACGUACAAGUUAGGUUAAAUGUCAACUUUAGGCUGGCACUUUAUGUGUGAGUUUGCCCUCUGAUAGACUGGUCAGCCACUUGCCUGGUGCCCAAUCCUGCUCUCCAUUAAAAUCCUGUAUUACAAUAUACAGGUUUGGGGGAAAUAAAAAAAAAGUGUGAAAAACCUUGCAUAGACACAUUCCCAGGGACGGACUUCAAAGUUUCCAUUCCAUCCAUUCAAACACUUUCUAGACCACCUUAUCCAGAGCAGUGUUGUGGUAAAGCUGGAGCCUAUCCCAGCAUGCACUGGAAACAAAGGCAAGAAUAACUCUUGGAUGGGCCGUCAGCCCACUGUAAAUGAAAAGACACAACUCACCUCAGCUGCAUAUCUUUGGAUUGUUGGAGGAAGCAAGAGCAUCCAGAGAGUCAUGUGGACAUGGGAAGAACAAAGUGCACACGGGGAGCACUCGGGACUUGAAUCCUAAUAUCUUUGUUGUGAAGCAGCAGUGCUAUCACUGUGCCACUGAAAGUUUCUUAGUUUUACAGCCCACUUAAAAUGUGCAUCUUAGGUAUGUGAGAGGAAACCAUAGUAGCCCGAGAAAAAACCUGUGUGAUUCUGGGCAAAACAGCGAGACCCUCCCCAGACAGCGACACGUCUCUGAAGGUGCAUGACUAUUGUCAGUGUGUACCUUUAGUGCCUCAAGAUCAUUUUCCAUCUCUUUGUGGUUACCAAAA